AGACAGGAGGUCUGUUUUGGAGAGGGACGCAUGGUCAUCCAGGAUAUUCCUGCUGUCACCAGCAGAGGGCAUAUGGAGAACACACCUGACCUGGUAUCAGACCCCGCCUACUACAGCAGCUUUUACCAGCCUUCUCUGUUUCCUUACUACAACAAUCUGUACAACUACCCCCAGUACUCCAUGGCCUUGUCUGCUGAGUCCUCUUCAGGGGAGGUGGGAAAUCCCCUUGGGGGAUCCCCUGUGAAGAACAGCCUGCGGAGUCUCCCAGCACCUUAUGUACCUGCUCAGACUGGAAACCAGUGGCAGAUGAAGACCUCAGAGAGCCGCCACCCAGUGAGCUCCCAGUACCGGAUGCACUCAUACUACGGGCCUCCAUCCUACCUGGGCCAGAGCAUGUCCCAGAUCUUUACCUUUGAGGAAGGCCCCUCCUACUCUGAAGCCAAAGCAAGUGUGUUCUCGCCGCCCAGCAGUCAGGAUUCUGGCUUGGUGUCCCUCUCCAGCAGCUCUCCAAUGAGCAACGAGAGCACGAAGGGAGUUCUGGAAUGUGAGUCUGCGUCCUCUGAACCUAGCAGCUACACCGUCAAUCAGGUCCUGGAAGAAGACGAUGACGAGUGAGCCGCGGGGGCGACUCUCUUCCCGGGGUAUUAGAAGGCUUGUUUUGUUAUCCGCAGGGUUUGUUGUUAUUUGAAUCGGCUGCGCUGGCCGCCCAUUCAGAAGUUUGGUUCAUAUUAGAGUUAGGUUAAAACACUUCUAACAGUGUAGGAUCCCAGACUACCAUCUGCAAG